AUGAAGGAUCUUCUGAUCCGGAAUGUUUCAGGCUUCCGCGGCGACCAGUGCGAGGAGAACAUUGACGAUUGUCCGGGGAAUCUGUGCCAAAACGGCGCGACCUGCAUGGACAGGAUAAACGAGUACUCGUGCCUGUGUCCACCCUCGUACACGGGCACGCAGUGCGAGCUGGACGUUGACGAGUGUUCGGUUCGGCCUUCGUUGUGCCACAACGGUGCCACGUGCACGAAUUCACCCGGUAGUUACUCGUGCAUAUGCGUGAAUGGCUGGACCGGGCCCGACUGCAGCGUCAACAUCGACGACUGUGCAGGCGCUGCAUGCUUCAACGGCGCUACCUGCAUCGACCGCGUCGGCAGCUUCUACUGUCAGUGCACCUACGGCAAGACAGGUAAGUUAAAAGACGUGAAAAUUUCACGGAGAUACAUGCGCUUGAAUUUUUACAGUUUCACUCGUUUACUCAGUCGCUAAAAGCAUCGUUGAAAGAAGAAAUGAGGAAAAGUAG